AUGCCGAAAACGCGAAGGGGUGUGGUGCCUAAUCAGCAUGUAAGACCUCAGUCACAGAGGAGUCAGAUUCGCCAACUCGACACUACCCCGACAAGUCGGCACUUGCAGUCUCCCCAAGUGGACAAUAACCCCGUACCUCCCAGCGCUCAGCAGCCAGAAUCAGCCAAUGAAUAUGACGGCGACGUUGAGGAUGACGAUUUUGCCGAAUUGUCUAAACAAAUAUUUUCCGCGGGCGCUUCAACUCGUCGAAGCACACCUAUUGAUUCGCCCUACGACGACACUUCCAGCCAGAAAUCGGGUUCGGGGAAGCUUCCUAGUACCCAGCCCUUGCAAUCUCAACUCAUUUCAGAGCAUCUAGCCAACACUGGGCGGCCUCUGGUUGACUUCUCAGAGACAGCAACUACUGCCCGGCGAAGUUCGCCUUAUCCACAGACCACACUGUCUCAAGCAGCGAGUGAUAUGCGCGUGGAGUUGCCUGAGUACAACACUGUCCCCGAACUACCAAGCACUAUCCCCGACUCAUACAAUAUUCCCAUGGACCACUUACCGGCAGACGAGCUAUAUGAUGCUACUCCAGUACCAGAGGACCGAGAGGAAGCCGUUGCAGAGGAAAAGCGACAUACUGCGAAGCUCAAGUCAUCACAGAAAUCUGGCGAGAAAGGCAAGGCUACAGACUCUUCAAAAAAGGUCAAAGCCUCCAUUAAAAUUUUGCAAGACGAAGUUGGAUCUGUCAAGGAAGAGCCGUCUUCUUUUCCACCUGAACCAACAGUUAUGAGGCGCCAAAAUCCAGCAAGGAAUGCCAAACAAGUGCAGCAAUCUCCUGAGCCAGAUGCUGGGUCAGCUGAGGCAAAGACAAGUGCAACACGCCGCGGGAAACAGAAACCCAAACCACCGUAUAGAUUUAAUUCAAAAAAUCAGAUCAUAGAGCCUCCGCCGGCUCAAGCGAAACCUGUACGCACAUCCAUGGUGGACAACAUGAUACAAGCUCAUGCUGCUUCCAUCUCCCCUGAUAAGAGCGCAAAGAAACCUACCCCCAAGUCGAGAAAGAAGGCCUCGCCCAGGACUUCUCAAAAAAAGACAGCAAAAACGUCUCCAAAAACUACUUCGAAGACUUCUCCAAAGAUUGCUUCAAAUAUCACUCCAAAAGCCGCCCAAAAAUCUCCAGUGGUUACUCAAAGAAUCACACGCCAGUCGGCCUUGAAAGGUCAAUCUAAUCAGCAAAGCCCAGAUAAAGCCGACGAAGGGAACAGCGGCGUUUCUUCAACUGCUCCUCCAGUGGAACCAACGUCAAAGCCACCUACAGUGAACCAGAGAACGACAAGAACGACAAAAGAGGAGCCGGCACCUGUGCCACCCUCGAAAGGUCAAGAGAGAACGAACUAUGGCAACGACACUCAAGGAUCUACUGAUGAUCCCAUCAUACUUUCGAGUGGUCGUAAUAGUUCUUCACUGUCCGACGAUGAAUUUAUUCCACCUACCGACCCAACUGAAUUUUCACCAGAAGAGACGACCCGUCCAGUUACCGUCCCCCGAGUCGAGAUACAAUCGCUUGUUGACUCGCGUGAGCCGUUAGAUGUUGCUCGAAACCAGCAGGAACAGAUCGUUGCUGCAAGAUCAGAAAUCCCCAAGCCUGUGCACCCUGCCCGUCGGACCGAGAGACAAGUCACUGCACAAAAGAAGACCAUAUCUGUCAGAGCGGACCCAAAAGACCCUGUCGAAGUUGGUUUUGGGAGAGCCAACCGAGAGCAGCCGAUUAGGAUUGGCCCAGGAGAGGUUCUGUCGGCACGGGAUGCCAAUGCCCUUGCCCAACGCCAUGCCUCCAAAGUGAAUAUUCUGAAGAGGCCCCCAUCUACAAGAGAUCCAGUCGUUGAUACUUCUGUACCACCUCGCAAGGUCAUGAAGCGAUCGCGAAGCUUCAGCGUUAGCCAGGUCAGUAGCCCGCUGCCGGUUGAAACGGCUGCGGUUCAGUUACCUGAGGGAACAAGUUCCAGCGACAGAGAUGACGAUGAAAACCCAACAGUAUCACACAGUAACAAGCAGGCGCCAGUAUUUAGGAGAUCGCAGCGCUUAAAGGGUCAUGCGGAUUAG